AUGUCUCGUAAUAAACCUCCUCUUACACCACACCUUGAUAGCGAUGCUCAUGACCAUAUGAAUACUUUCCUUGUGGAAUUGAAACACGGGCAUGUCAGUAGUUCCUAUCACAUCGCUAAAAGAACGACAUCACUGCUCAGGAAUAUGAUCUCUCAUUCCCGCUAUAACAAUGCUAAAGAACUAAUGGAACUAAUUUCUACUGAAGGCAAACGAGUUACAGAAACAGUGCCUAGCGAGACCGCUGUUGGCAACAUGUUUAAAAGAGUGCUAAGGAGUAUUCGCGAAGAAGCGGCUAGUAUUCAAAAAAGCCAAGAAGCACACAAGAAUUUAGAAGAGGAUGAACUACAAUCUACACUUCACAAUUUGCUGUUCUCUGCGGGACCCGGACAUGACCUCACGGCGCCUAGUAGCCAAUUAAGGGGUCGUAUAAUUGAAUCAAUAGGCGAGAUAUUAACUGAAUUAGAACAAAGCGGUGAAAAUAUCGCAGCGCAAUCUUUAGAGCAUAUCCAUUCAAACGAAGUAAUUAUGACCAUUGGUAAAUCUAAGACUGUAGAAGCUUUCUUAAAGGGUCAAGAAUUAGCAAAAAGUUUAUCCAAAGAUGGCAUUGAUACAACUGUUAUUACUGAUUCUGCAAUAUUUGCCAUGAUGUCUCGAGUUAAUAAGGUUAUUAUUGGGACUCAUACAGUAAUGGCUAAUGGAGGACUGAAAGCCAUAAAUGGAGCAUAUUGCAUUGCUGGUGCGGCGAAACAUCAUUCCGUUCCGGUUAUAGUAUGUACAGCGACAUAUAAAUUUUCUCCGAACUACGUUUGUUCCUACGAUCAGCACUCCUUCAAUAAGAUUGUAUGUCCACAUGACGUCAUGAAAUAUUCUGAAGGAUCCAUUGUAUCGAAAGUUCAUCUUAGAAAUCCUGUCUUUGACUAUGUUCCGCCAGAAUUGGUUGAGUUAUUUAUUACAAAUACAGGUGGUAUAGCCCCUUCUUAUGUUUACCGUCUGGUUCGUGAAAUGUACCAUCCGGACGAUGUAGAACUAUAA